AUGGACACAGGACAGGUGAGCAAGGCCAGGGCAGGAGGGACCUGCCCCGAGGGUGACAAGCAGUGUCUACCGGCGGACGGCACUAAGCGGGACCUCACGGGCAUCUCCGUGUUCUCCCCUGCCCGUCAGCGAGAGAAGGCGGCCGUGAGGAUCCAGGCAUGGUGGCGCGGCGGCCGGGUGCGCCAGGCGCUGCUGCAGGCAGCGCUCCGGGCCUGGGCCAUCCAGUGCUGGUGGAGGUCGGCGCAGGCCAGACGCUGGAAGCAGAGGCGGCGCCUGGGCCGCUUCCUCCAGGCCCGCCAGGCCGCCUGCACCAUCCAGUCCCACUGGCGCUGGCACGCCAGCCAGACCCGGGGCCUGCUCCAGGGCUGCUAUGAGGUCAAAGCCAGCCACCUGGAGCUGGACAUCGAAAUCCUCAUGGCCUAG